AGGGACGCGAGUGGAGUUUAGCCCCAUCCAUCUUCAUUUCCUUUCCUUUCUUCUCUGAUGGCGACAGCGAAAACCCAUCUCUCCGUCGUCGCUGAUCCGUAACCCUAUCAAUCUCCGGCCGGUGACCAUUAUUCCACUUCAAUCUCUCUUUCUCUCUCUGUGAAAUUGUUCUUUCAAGUGAACUAGGGGAGCAGAGUAUUGAAUGAAGUGCUCCACAUUGUUGAUGGCAGCUGUGGCUGUGGUUCACAAUCAUAAAUAGAGUGCUGUAUAUAGGUCUUGGCGACGAACUCGAGUAUAAAAGUUUUUGUUUCUAUUCCAUGUGAAUUGAAAUGUUGGACCUUUCAGGAAUUGAAGAUGGGGCUGAUGGUUCGGAUAAUGGAGCGAGUGAGAAAUCCAUUCGGGUACCUGUUGUUGGUAUGUCAUUCAAGAGUGAGAACGAGGCUUACAAGUUUUAUAGUGCAUAUGCAAGGACAAAAGGCUUUGGUGUAAAAAAGUUGCAAGUGGAACGUGCCCGUAAGGAUGGCAUCCAGGGUGAGGCCGUUAAUCGAGUAUUUGCUUGUGUUGAGGGGUCGAGAGAUGAUAGUAACAAGAGUUACAGAGAUAAGGAGGUCCAGUAUCAGGAUUCAACAAGGAGCGAUUGCAAAGCUACCAUGCAGAUUAAGAAAUGCCCUAAUGGUUGGGUCGUGACAAAGUUUAUUGAGGAGCAUAAUCAUGAACUUGUUCCAAGUCUAUGGCAAUUGCAGCGUACCUGUGAUGUACUUAUUCAUAUUGCUAAAGAGUCAAAAGAGAGAUGCAAUGUUGCAAUGGAUUGCCUUAAAGAGGCCAUUCAUAAAUGUUCUCGUAUUGAAGUGAGGCCCAAUGCUGAUCCUGUUGUGAAUCAAGGGGGUGCUCCAAAUAGCCAACAAGGGAGUACUAGAUCAAUAAAUUUUGACUAUAGUAGCUUCUCUGACCCGGCAAGGACGGAACGGUGGCCAGCCUCCUCCAAACCUAAAGCAUGGUAUGAUCAACACCAGUCCAAGAACCGCAACAAAUGUGGGAACUGUGACGAACUUGGUCAUAACUUGAGGACAUGCCCCUUGCCUCUAAACCCACAACGUUUGAAGUCUUGGAAACCAGCAACAUGGCCAGCCAACUCAACACCCAAAGAAUGGUAUGAUGAAGCCAAGAACCGCAACAAGUGUGGGAACUGUGACGGACUUGGUCAUAACAUGAGGACAUGUCCCCUGCCUCCAAACCCACAACGUGACAAGUCUGGCAAAGCCUCAACACCAGCCACCUCAAAACCCAAAGCAUGGUAUGACCAAGUCAAUAACCACAACAAGGGUGGGAACUGUGAUGGUGGACUUGAUCAUAAUCUGAGGACAAGCCCCUUGCCUCUAAAUCCAGAAUGUAGCAAGUCUCAGAAACGCCAUGCAGCACAGUCCCCCUCAAAUGUGCAAGGCUUUGCUUCAGGCCAUCGCCAAGGAGAACUAAGAAAUGAAUUUGGGAUUGAUUCUUGGAGAGCUGGGGUCUUAGCAACACAAGCUGCAUUGCAAGCUUCCUCAGCAACAGGGUGCCACCCCAGGAACAACUAAAGCUAGGUUUCUGUGGCAGUUCACAUUCAACUGGUGAAGACAAAACUCAGGUAGAAGGGGGAGGCUGAGUGCCGAUGAUGUAAAGCUUUCUUUGGUUGUUUUGGAUUGCAUUGUGUAUAACUGAUUGCCUCAUUGGUUCACAAGGGAAAAGAAAAAGGGAUGACAUUGUUGUCAGUUAAACUUGGUCUUAACCUGAUUGUUGAGUGUUUUUGCCUCUGAGUUGAACUCGACGAGGCUUUGAGUUUAAUUGAGGGUGGGAGAUAAAUUUUCAGUUGUAAAACUGGGUCUCAACUUGCUUAAUCUUAUACAGUGGGAUCUCCAUGAUUUGUUUGUAUAUACAUUCAGUUAUGAAAUUGAAUUCAGUGUUGAAUUUCUAAUUCAGAGU